GUGUAGAGUGAGAGAUGGAGAAUUCAGGCGACCAAUUUGACGUUAUAAUCGUCGGUGCCGGCAUCAUGGGCAGCUGCACCGCUUACCAGGCAGCCAAACGCGGCCACAAAGUCCUUCUCCUUGAGCAAUUCGACUUCUUGCACCACCGCGGCUCUUCCCACGGUGAGUCUCGCACCAUACGCGCUACCUACCCAGAACACUACUACUCAUCAAUGGUAAUCGAAUCCUCUCAUCUUUGGGAAGAAGCCCAAUCCGAGAUUGGCUAUCGAGUCUACUUCAAAACCCCUCAUUUCGACUUAGGUCCAGCCGAUAACAAAAACCUCCAAGCCGUCAUCACUUGUUGUCAAGAGAAUUCGAUCCCUCAUUCCAUUCUAGAUACCCAGCAAGUAGCGGAGCGAUUCUCCGGCAAGUUCAAUUUGCCGGAGAAUUGGGUCGGUCUUUUGACUGAACUUGGAGGGGUCAUCAAACCCACUAAAGCAGUCUCUAUGUUCCAAACUCUGGCAAUCCAGAGAGGUGCUGUGCUUAGAGAUAACAAAGAAGUGAAGGAGAUAAAGAAAGAUGAUGUGAGAGGAGGAAUUUUGGUAAUUACAGAAAAUGGUGAGAUGUAUUGGGGAAAAAAAUGUGUGGUUUCAGCAGGAGCUUGGAUCAAGAAGUUAGUUAAAACGGUUAGUGGCUUAGAUCUACCUGUGCAACCCUUAAACACCUCACUCCAUUACUGGAGGAUCAAGAAGGGUUACGAGAAGGACUACUCACUCGCCGGAGGCUUUCCGAGUUUCGCUAGCUAUGGUCAGCCUUAUCUAUACAGCACACCAUCGUUGGAGUUCCCUGGGUUGAUGAAGAUUGCCGUGUACGGUGGCUAUCCUUGUGACCCGGAUAAAAGAUCAUGGGUGCCUGUAUUGAUCACCAACCCAGUGAAUGACUGGAUCGAAGGAAAGUUAUGUGGCCAUGUUGAGUCAAGUAAGGCGGUGAUGACGCAGUCAUGCUUGUUCUCGAUGACGCCGGAUGGCGAUUUUUUGAUCGAUUUCUUGGGGGGAGAGUUUGGACGGGAUGUUGUGGUCGCCGGCGGGUUUUCGGGUCAUGGGUUCAAGAUGGGUCCUGUAAUAGGGAGGAUUCUUGCUGAUCUAGCGUUGGAUGGAGAGGCACAAGGGGUGGAGCUACGGCACUUUAGGUUGGGAAGGUUUGAGGAGAAACCAAAGGGAAACGUGAAAGACUAUGAUGACCAAGCUUGCCUAUUUGUGCAGCCUCGUGAAAGACUAUGA